GUGAAGCAGAGCUUGGCCUCACACGCUCCUGGAGGACCCCCUCCUGGGACAGAGUUCCUUCCCCUCUCCUUUCUCAGGAUCCCCUCCUGCCCUCCCUCCCUGCCCACCACAAUGCAUGCUUGAGUGGCAGCGUCUGGACUCCGGGGAGCCCCAGAGAGCCGAAGCCAGCCAGAGGGAGAGGACUGGAGCCAAGACACUGCUGGGGGAGCUCGGAUGCCUGGCUUUCUUUGAGGACAUCUUUGGAGCGAGGGUGGCUUUGGGGUGGGGGAUCGUGCUGCAGGGAAUCCAGCCAGGCCCCAAGAUGGACACUUCUGGGCACUUCCAUGACUCUGGGGUGGGGGACCUGGAUGAAGACCCCAAGUGCCCCUGUCCAUCCUCUGGGGAUGAGCAGCAGCAACAGCCGCAGCAACAGCAACCGCCACCACCGCCAGCGCCCCCAGCAGCCCCCCAGCAGCCCCCAGGACCCCCGCUGCAGCCUCAGCCUCCACAGCUCCAGCAGCCACCGCAGUCACCGCAUCCCCUGUCUCAGCUCGCCCAACUCCAGAGCCAGCUUGUCCACCCCGGCUUGCUACACUCCUCUCCCACCGCGUUCAGGGGCCCCCCUUCGGCCAACUCCACCGCCAUCCUCCACCCUUCCUCCAGGCAAGGCAGCCAGCUCAAUCUCAAUGACCACUUGCUUGGCCACUCUCCAAGUUCCACAGCCACAAGUGGGCCUGGUGGAGGCAGCCGGCACCGGCAGGCCAGCCCCCUGGUGCACCGGCGGGACAGCAACCCCUUCACGGAGAUCGCCAUGAGCUCGUGCAAGUACAGCGGUGGGGUCAUGAAGCCCCUCAGCCGCCUCAGCGCCUCUCGGAGGAACCUCAUCGAGGCUGAGCCUGAGGGCCAACCCCUCCAGCUCUUCAGUCCCAGCAACCCCCCGGAGAUCGUCAUCUCCUCCAGGGAGGACAACCAUGCCCACCAGACCUUGCUCCAUCACCCCAAUGCCACCCACAACCACCAGCAUGCCGGCACCACUGCCAGCAGCACCACCUUCCCCAAAGCCAACAAGCGGAAAAACCAAAACAUUGGCUAUAAGCUGGGACACAGGAGGGCCCUGUUUGAAAAGAGAAAGCGGCUCAGUGACUAUGCUCUGAUUUUUGGGAUGUUUGGAAUUGUUGUUAUGGUGAUAGAGACCGAGCUGUCUUGGGGUUUGUACUCAAAGGAUUCCAUGUUUUCGUUGGCCCUGAAAUGCCUUAUCAGUCUAUCCACCAUCAUCCUGCUGGGUUUGAUUAUCGCCUAUCACACACGUGAAGUCCAGCUCUUCGUGAUCGACAACGGCGCGGACGACUGGCGGAUAGCCAUGACCUACGAGCGCAUCCUCUACAUCAGCCUGGAGAUGCUGGUGUGCGCCAUCCACCCCAUUCCCGGCGAGUACAAGUUCUUCUGGACUGCGCGCCUGGCCUUUUCCUACGCGCCAUCGCGCGCGGAGGCCGACGUAGACAUCAUCCUGUCCAUUCCCAUGUUCCUGCGCCUGUAUCUGAUCGCGCGGGUCAUGCUGCUGCACAGCAAGCUCUUCACCGAUGCCUCUUCGCGAAGCAUUGGGGCGCUCAACAAGAUCAACUUCAAUACCCGCUUCGUCAUGAAGACACUCAUGACCAUCUGCCCCGGCACCGUGCUGCUGGUGUUCAGCAUCUCGCUGUGGAUCAUCGCCGCCUGGACCGUGCGUGUGUGUGAGAGGUAUCACGACCAGCAGGACGUCACCAGUAACUUUCUGGGUGCCAUGUGGCUCAUCUCCAUCACAUUCCUUUCCAUUGGUUACGGGGAUAUGGUGCCCCACACAUACUGUGGGAAAGGUGUCUGCCUUCUCACUGGCAUCAUGGGUGCAGGUUGCACUGCCCUUGUGGUGGCUGUGGUGGCUCGAAAGCUGGAACUCACGAAAGCAGAGAAGCAUGUUCACAACUUUAUGAUGGACACUCAGCUCACCAAACGGAUCAAGAAUGCUGCAGCCAAUGUCCUUCGGGAAACAUGGCUAAUCUAUAAACACACAAAGCUGCUAAAGAAGAUUGACCAUGCCAAAGUCAGGAAGCACCAGAGGAAGUUCCUCCAAGCUAUCCACCAACUGAGGAGCGUGAAGAUGGAACAGAGGAAACUGAGCGACCAGGCCAACACUCUGGUGGACCUUUCCAAGAUGCAGAACGUCAUGUAUGACCUAAUCACAGAACUCAAUGAUCGCAGCGAGGACCUGGAGAAACAGAUUGGCAGCCUAGAGUCCAAGCUGGAGCACCUCACGGCCAGCUUCAAUUCCCUGCCCCUGCUCAUCGCAGACACCCUCCGCCAGCAGCAGCAGCAGCUCCUGACUGCCAUCCUGGAGGCCCGAGGUGUGAGCGUGGCGGUGGGGACCACCCACGCCCCUGUCUCCGACAGCCCGAUCGGGGUCAGCUCCACCUCCUUUCCGACCCCGUACACAAGUUCAAGCAGUUGCUAAAUAAAACUCCCCACUCCAGAAGCGUUACCCAUAGGUCUUAAGAUGCAAAUCAACUCUCUCCUGGUCGCUUUGCCACCGUGGAACUCUCAGACCAGGGACUGGAGAGAAGCAAGACCCAGCGAAUUAGCUAACUCACGUUCAUUUGGCGUGCUUGGUUCGAGAUGCCUUGAAACCAGAAAUCUAAUCUCUGUUUAGGUGCCUCUACUUGGGAGCGGGAAGAGGACAUGACAGGAAGCGACGCCUCUGGCAGGGCCCUUGCUGCACAGUUGGUGGAGAACAGAAAUCCACGCUCAAUCUCAGGUCUUCACAUGGGGGUGGGGAGGGGAUGUACUGAGGCAGCCAGCUGUGGGGCCAGCCUGGAAGAGGGGCCGCUGGGAGAGGGUGGGGUCAGGCUGGGGCACCUCAGCACACCUUUCUCUUUUCUUGUUGUCUAAGGAAGCCUCUGGGUGACAAAAAUAAGAGAGCUGCCCACAACUUGCCAAAACAGACAUAUCCAAUUUAGACUGAAAAAAAGCCAGAUUUCCCAUCCUCUGUUAAUACCCACAUAAACCUGUGUGUUUGCAAGUGCAUACAAGCACAUACACAUGCACAUCCCACGUUCAGUCCAGGUCCUUUCUUGUUUGAGCGUAACCCAAAUACAAUGGGACCUGGUGCCUUUCCUUGCACACAGUAGGCAGCCUCUACCGUGGGUCCGGUUGGCUUGAAUCUGAAUGUGGGAUGCGUUCGGUUCAGGUAGUUAGCUAGUAACAGCCACCUUCUGAGCUUCACCGAAGAGGCAGGUCCCUUCCAACACAGUGCAGGUUGCUUUGCCCUGGAUAUGCACUGUGUGUGAUUUGAAGUGGAUGCUGAGCGAAAAUUGUUGGCAUUCUGGAGGGAUAGGCAGGCUUCUAAAAAUAACAGCUCUUGCAGAUUUUUCUUGUUACACCCAAACAAGCUGUGUUUUGAUGGACCACAUGCCCAGGUAUAUAUAUUUGAGGGAAGGGGACAGAAGCGUGCACGAACAGGAGCGACCCAAUAACACGGCCGGGAAUAGGGGUGUUGUCUGGGGUUUGCUGAGCUGUAUUCACCCAAUGACAGGUUUUGGGCCCCAGAUAUUAGGAGUGCAAGAUGGCCAAGUGCUCACCGGCGAGCUGCUGAGCUGGGAGAAGGAUAGAGUGGCCUGUGUAGUCCCUUCUGCCUGAUCUGAAGUCACCUCAAAGGGAAAUCUCGUGAGAGCACAGAGGGCCCCAAAGGGAACCUUGUGGGUAGGAUAAGAAGAAAGAGAUCCACAGCCUGUUCCUACUAUGCCAUGUUAAUCUUGGUGCAAAAAUUAUUCCCAUAUGUCUCAAACUCCAGGAGACUCCAAAAACAUCAAGACAGAGCAUAGUGACAGGCACUGAAAAUCUUUCUCAUUGCUCUAUAAUCUGACCACGCAUUGCAUUUGUGAUGCAAAGCCCAUCAUGUUAGCCAUCACUGUUCACAUUCUGAGGUCUUUGACCUCUGUUUCUGGAAAGUCCAUGAUACUGUGUGGAAUAUUUCAUCUGUUUAGGGUAAUCCAAAAGGGUGUUUUUGGCCUCAGGUUGUCAUCCUGGACUUAGCUUUGUAACAAAACGUCACGGACAUUCUCAAGGUGGUGCCUCGCUGUGCAGGCUUCUCCUCUGCAGCACCGGGUCUGGUCUUCUAGGGAUGAGGGUAUCACUGGCCUGCAAAGUAGACAACCACUACCUAGAAUGAAGGCCUCCCUUUCAGGACGACCUGGUCCCUUGCUAACCUCUUCCUUGUGUCUUGCUAUUGCUUUUGUUUUGUGUUGUGUUUUGUUUGCUUGUUUGGCAGUGCUGGGGAUGGAAGCUGGGGCCUCGCACCUGCUAGGCAAGCGCUCUACCACUGAGCUGCACCCCAGCCUGCUGCUGCUGUAGUUUCAAUCUCCUUAAUGGUUUACUCUUGAUAAUUCCCUGGAGCAGUUUCAUUAGUUGUUUUUGUUUUUGUUUUUUGCACACCAGAGAUGCCACACCUGCUGUUGGCUUUUUAUUUUUUUACUUGUUCUUUUAACUGUUAAUUGUCUGAAAGAUCCCCCCCUCCUUUUAUUCCUUUUCUUUCCAAGAAUGGUGCUUCUGUGUGAACAGAUGUACAGACAGAUGAAAUAGUCAUGCAGUUUCCUUGUGGCAUUAACUCCAUUUCACAAAGCCCACUGAGUGGUCCGCCUGAGCACACCAAUCCUGAUCGUUUAACCUCCACCCUCAGUCACUGACACCCGCUCGCCUCUUCCAUUCUGCUGUACCCUGUGCUAUGUGUGCACACACACAGAUGUAUGGGUGUGGCCAUGGGCAAAUGCACACACAGGGAUUUAGUCUUCAUUUCAAUUAAUGACAUGCAAGAUUCCACCACCAACUGGGCAUAGUGGUGCACACCUGUAAUCCCAGCACUUGGGAGGCUGAGGCAGGAGGAUUGCUAAG